UUCGCUGGCGCCGCUGCAAGAAUGUGAGGCGGUUCUUCCGGCAUCCCGGUUACUGGCUGGCCCUUGGGCGCGCACGGCGCCGCCGCCCCUCGCCCUUCACCUGGAAAGGCAUUGACUGAUGCUACUUGGAUGCAUUUGACCAUCUCCUAGGAGACUUGCAUGUUGAGUUUCGAUAAGCAAACAAACAGUUCUCUCUUGUUUGGAGCAAUGCUGAAAUUCCGAGAGGCUGCUAAGUGUGUGAGUGGAUCAAUAGCUGCUUCCACAUGUCCAAAGCCCUUGAUCGCAAGAAGAUACAUGCUUCAACAGAAACUUGGCAGUGGAACUUUUGGAACCGUCUAUCUAGUGUCAGACAAGAAUGCCAAACAAGGAGAGGAAUUAAAGGUCCUGAAGGAAAUCUCUAUUGGAGAACUCAAUCCAAAUGAGACUGUGCAGGCCACUUUGGAGGCCCAGCUCCUUUCCAAGCUGGACCAUCCAGCCAUUGUCAAGUUCCAUGCGAGCUUUGUGGAGCAAGAUAAUUUCUGCAUUAUCACAGAGUAUUGUGAGGGCCGAGAUCUGGACUAUAAAAUUCAGGAAUAUAAAGAACCUGGAAAAACCUUUCCAGAGAGUCAAAUAAUAGAAUGGUUUAUCCAGCUGUUGCUGGGAGUUGACUACAUGCAUGAAAGGAGGAUACUUCAUCAAGACUUGAAAUCAAAUAAUAUAUUUCUGAAAAAUAAUCUACUUAAAAUUGGGGAUUUUGGAGUUUCUCGACUCUUAAUGGGAUCCUGUGAUCUAGCCACCACUUUAACUGGAACUCCCCAUUAUAUGAGCCCGGAGGCUCUGAAACACCAAGGCUAUGACACAAAGUCGGAUAUCUGGUCUCUGGCAUGCUUUUGGUGUGAGAUGUGCUGCAUGAAUCAGGCAUUCACUGGCUCCAAUUUCUUAUCCAUCGUUAUAAAAAUUGUUGAAGGCGACAUUCCUUCUCUCCCUGAGAGAUACCCAAGACAGCUGAAUGCCAUCAUGGAAAGCAUGUUGAACAAGAGUCCUUCAUUGAGACCAUCUGCUAUAGAAAUUUUAAAAAUUCCUUACAUUGAUGAACAACUACAGCACCUGAUGUGCCGAUAUUCGGAAAUGACCCUGGAAGACAAGAAUUUGAAUCGUCAGAAGGAGGCAACUUAUAUAAUUAAUGCUGUGCAGAAAAAAAUCCACCUGCAGACCCUGCGGGCGCUGUCUGAGGUACAGAGGAUGACACCAAGAGAGAGGAUGCGGCUGAGGAAGGUACAGGCAGCUGAUGAGGAGGCCAGGAAGCUAAAAAAGCUUGUGGAAGAAAAAUAGGAAGAAAACAACAAACGAAUGCAAGAACUGAGAUCUCGGAACUUCCAGCAGCUGACUGUGGAUGUGCUCCACGAAUUUGAUGACCCAGCUUCAGAGAAUCUGCCUGAGUCUCAGCCCAUUCCUUCCCUGGAGCUUGGCACACUUGGGUCAAGUGUAGAGGACACCGUAGCUGACCUUGGAGAUCAUGAGAUCCCAGAAGACCCACUUGUGGCUGGGUAUUCUGAUGAUACAUUUGACUCCUGUUCUGAAGAAAGUGAGGAGGGAGAGGAAGAGGUCAAGGAUGCGGAACCCCAGCCUGCUUACGGGACAAACCAACAGGACAGUGAUAUUGAAGCACUGGCCAGAUGUUUGGAGCACGUGCUGGGCUGCACCACUAUAAAUCAGCUGUGCAGAAGCUGGGGGCGGAGGUGUUUGAGGAGGUCUACAGUUACUCGAGAACAAGGCAGCAGAGAGCCAGCGAGGCAGAGGUCCGGGUGGCUCUGGAAACAGUCAUGCCUCGAGCCAGUGACUGUUCUGAGGUUGACCAGUGGCUCUACUUUGAGGAGCAGUUGCUGA